UAACGGACACACAAGACGCCUGGACCGGCAGUCACCCGGCUUCCGGCGGGAGCGGAGUCGGCGGCGCUGCGGGAGGAUGAAGCUCCUGACGCACAACCUGCUAACGUCGCACGUGCGCGGCUUGCGGCCCGGCGGCGGCUACCCGCUGGGCAUCCAGGCCACGGAAGUGAAGCUGAGCCCCGUGGACUUCAACGCGCAGUUCGUGGCGCGGAUGGUGCCCAAGGUGCAGUGGGCGGCGCUGCUGCAGGCGGCCCAGAGCCUGGGGCAUGGCUCUGACCUGCCCCCCGAGCCCGCCCCCGGCUACGAGAGCGACGAGGACUUCCUGCGGCGUCUGCACCACGUCCUGCUGGAGGUGGAGGUGGUGGAAGGCAUCCUGCGCUGCCCAGACUCGGGGCACGAGUUCCCCAUCACCAAGGGGAUCCCUAACAUGCUGCUGGCUGAGGAGGAGACCUGAAGGACUGGGGCGGGGGCAAGGGGGGGCAGGACGGGGUGGGUUUGUGUGGGGGUUGGGCUGGACUAUGUCUGUUUGCAUCAAUAAAGCUCGGUUGGGUUGAAGUGGAGAGCUGUGAUGUACUGUCCCUGCCUCCACUUCCAACCCGGAGCCCCCCCAAUGAAGACACAGCGA